AACAAGCUCUCCGUCCGUACACUUCCAGCGCGUGCCUUCAACAUCCAGUAUCCCAUCUAGCCACUUCGCGCGCCUCAGAGAUCUCAAACCGAGUAUUCUCAACAUCCACGCAGUCGUCAUUCUCCUUCACGAUGGCUACUCUGCGCCUCAGAUACCUCAGCUCGAGUAUUCUCACCAUCCACGCAGUCCUCAUUCCGCUCCACGGCGGCUACAAAUCCCUUGCCAACCCGGUCCAGCUAGACCCUCCAGUUCUCAUCGUAGGAGGACAGAGAUACAGUUUACAUUCCACUGCCAGCGCUCUUGCACGCUGUAUGUAUCCAAAACACACCAGCACCACGUGCCUGAACCGGGGAUACACCGAUCCGCAGCUGCCUCCCGAGGCACGUACGAACGGGGUCCGCCGAAUGCGCGAGUCUUCGGUCAAUGUAUGUAGUUCAGGCAACUAAGCAGAUCUACUGCGCGGCGGCUAGCAGAUAGCACUGCACGCUACGCGACACACCACACAUUCCAUGCCGGAAACCCAAGACAGCAGUGCCAUGUCGAUGUGCGCAAAUUAAAGACGA